AUGAUGAAAGGCGUACACCUCAUUCCUGUGGUCAAAAUGCCAACCGACCCCAAAAAUCUGGUAUUGAACGAAGAGGGCGAAAAAGAGUGGAGCGAGGACGAACAACGAGUUUUGGAAGAAAGACUGUUGAACGAAGGGAAUAACAUCACUACGAUACUCCGACUUGUUGGACUGUUAUCAGGACGUACUAUACAACAAAUCACAACACGAGCGAAUUGGACACUUCUUGGAGAAAACGAGAAAAUCCCCUUUGACGAGUAUAAAAAACGACAAGAAAGGACAGAAAUUCAAAUGGUCCUUCCGAUGACAACAAAAGCGAGUGACGCUAAAAAGAAGAAACCAAGACAACGGCACUACUCCGUCAUCGAAGGAACACAAACACAAAAAUUUCAGAAACAACGGAGGGGUUCAACGUCGAGAGACCCUCCAAAGAACUUAAUGAGUUUUAGAACGGGACUCAGCCAAAACUCAUCACUCCACCAAGAUCAGUCUGGCUCAUCAUUACAUGAGAGUGAGAACAUGUCGCCUCGUAUUAAAAGUGUUUCGCCAAAUAUCGGGAAUGCAAUGGAUAUGACAAGUGUGAAUAGCGAACAGCGUACUGAUGGUGUUGAUUUGAAUACAAUAAUAGCAUCGCUUAGAGAAAACGAACAGUUACUUCAGUUACUUGAAAACUCGUUGAACGGAAAUGUCCCUAUACAGCCGGACAUCUUCCUCGCUUUACAAAACAACUGGAACGUUCAACUCUUGUUCUCUCAAAAACUCGCAGUGCCAUCAAAUAUGUCACUCUUCCAAAUGGAUCUACUUGUCACACAACAAUUGGCUGCAAUCGGAAUGAAGCCAUACAUCCAAUCACCUUUAAACCUGAACUGGAAUUUUAAAAUGUAA